CUGUCUGUCUCUCACCCUCAGCAACCCUGCAGGCAAGAAACUCUUCUCCAUCAUAAACUGACUUUAAUGUUGUUUCUCUGUCAAUUUUCAGUGUCUCAGAGUUAAGAGGCGCUGCAGCACCUGACCCACCCACCAGCACCAACAGCACCACCCGAGGGUGUUUGUCCUGCAGCUGGGAGCAGACGGGAGAAACCCUAAGUGAAGCCAGGGCUGACAGAGGAGGUGUCGGCAGGGACAAAGGGAUAACAGGGGAGGCCUGACAACAAGGGCACGCAGAGCAGGAGGAGAAGCCAAGGAGCCAGCAGGAGUUUUUAUCAGGGGGACUACUGAGGUAAACCCAAGAUGAGCACGUACACAGUGACUCUGAGCGGCCCUGCACCAUGGGGCUUCAGACUACAGGGGGGGAAGGACUUCAACAUGCCACUGACCAUCUCCAGGAUAACUCCAGGAAGCAAAGCGGCCGGUGGCACCCUGGCCCAGGGUGACAUCAUCUCAGCCAUCGAUGGGGUCGCCACAGAUGGGAUGACACACCUGGAGGCCCAGAACAAGAUUAAAGCUGCCACCACCAGACUGUCACUCUCCAUGCAGAAAUCAAGACGCCCUGCUCCAGUUCCUACAGCAACUCCAAGAAUGGACUCACCCAUGCCAAUCAUCCCCCACCAAAAGGUUAUCGCAAACACAGCUGCAAAUGUGGAGUACACUCCCAGCUUCAACCCCAUUGCGCUGAGAGACUCGGCCCUGUCCACCCAUAAGCCCAUUGAGGUGAAAGGUCCAGGUGGAAAGGCGACUAUCGUUCACGCCCAGUACAACACACCUAUCAGCAUGUACUCACAGGACGCCAUCAUGGACGCCAUUGCCGGACAGUCACAGGCCAAGGGACACGAAGGUGAGGAGGCAGGCUCCUCCCUGGCUGGGGUUCUGCCUGUCAAGGACCCUGUGGUGGACUGUGCAUCUCCAGUGUACCAGGCAGUGAUCAGGCCAGAGGAGAUCAGCCAUGACAUGUCUGAAUGGGCUCGUCGUGCUGCCAACCUGCAGUCCAAGAGCUUCAGGAUGCUGGCCCACAUUACCGGCACCGAAUACCUGCAAGACCCAGAUAUGGAAGCCCUACAGAAGUCAAGAGAUAAGUUUGAGUCCGAGAUGAGAGGGCCUCGCUUCGCCAAGCUGAGGAAGUGGCACCACGGGCUGUCUGCACAGAUCCUCAAUGUCAAGAACUAAAGAGGAGUAAGAAGGAAGAGAAACAAGAAAAGAGAGAAAGUGUGAGGGAGAGAGGAGGACAUGGACAAAAGUGCAGGAGUUAAUAAGGAGGGGGGAUAAAUAAAGAGAGAGAAGAGGAGCAGCAGGAGGACACUCCUCAGCGAUGUGAGAUAGUGUUAUAGACUAGAUCAGUAGAAUGUGAGACGAUUACUGUUAGUGUGAGAAUGCUAUGUGUUCAUAGGCUCGGUAUUACCUGUCAAAUGUAUCUCAUAUCAACUGCCAAGACCUGAUCUCACAUUUGGAUUUGUCUUUACUUUUUCCUCGUUUGUUUGUGUUCUGUCUCCCU